AUGACUCAUGAAGUAUUGCAGCAGCAGGCCUGGCACAACAGGGCUCACUCGCUCGAAGCUGAAAUGCUGUCCCUGAAAAACGAGAACGAUCAAGAGAAGAGGGAGAAAAAGCAGCUGGAAAACAAGAUCCUCAAGAUCACAGAAGAAAAUCAGCAGCUAAAGGACAACGCACAGGAAAGUGGGCAGAAAAACGAUGCACUGUGUGAGAAAAUAAAAGAUCUGACUGCGGUGUUGGUGAAGGCAAACUAUCAGCUUCAGAGGCACGAGGAACUCCUACGACAGAAGGAGAAAGACCUUCAGCUCAAGACCGAAGAAGCGGCGCAGAUGGCGAGUCUCAUCCAGGAACAAAACGACGCUGCCGAAAAGCGUGAAUCCGACAGGAAAGACCUCGAGCUCAGGUUCCAGCACCUGCAGAAGGAAGUGGAAGACCUCUCGAAGGAAAAGUUUCGACUCCAGUGUGAACUUCAAGCUGCAAAACUCAAGAUGAAAGAGCUCACAUCCCUGCUAGAGGAACGAGAUCGUCGUUUCGAGUCGCUGGAGAGGAAGACCGGUGCCCAGGGCGAACGGAACGACCAGUUGGGAGAAGAGGUUCGACAGCUGCGAGGAGCGAAGGAGGAAUUGCUCUGUGACCUCAAGAACCUCCAGGAGAAAUACAGACGCCUGGAGGAGGAAAACUGUAAACUGCAGAAACAGCUGUCGACCUUCAGGGAAUGGCAAAAUCAGGUCUGCGCUGACCUCACGAAGGCGGGUCAAAUCUAA